UCUUUACUCUUCUUGAGCUGUUCGGAACAGUUGGUGGUAUCUUUGAAGUUUUCGAAGUCACAAUUGCUGCCGUUCUCGGAAUGCUCUAUAGUUAUUACUCCAAAAUAUCUCUCGUGCAUGAGAUCAAGAAGAAUACAUUAAAGCUUGACCAAACCCAACAGGAAUUGGAAAUGCUCAGAAAGAUGUGAAGUAAACAGGAGCAAAGUACAGUUGCAAAAAGCAAACCUAAAAGUCUGAAUAAAAUUGCCGAAGAGAUUAAGCAUGAAGAUCAAGAUUCUGAAGAAGAAAAAGAGGGAGGAAGUUCCACUAUAAACUCUGACUAUGAAGAUUCUCCUGAUAAGAGAAAUAUGCUGAGGCGACAUCAGAAAAGACAACCUGCAGGAAGAAAAGUAAGGCACUGGAGGAAUUCGAACACUCCUUAUAAACAUUAUCUGGAAGAAGCUGAAUACUUAGGAGAAGAAAAUGGAUUUGGCUAUGAAUACCAUCAACAGGCUAUAGAAAUUCCAGAUCCUGAAAAGAUUAAUAAACUACAAGUUAAGCCUACAUCACAGUCUAAACUGAAAGAAAAUAGCUUCAGAGAUAUCUUGAAUGCUUUCAGCGAAGAGAAAGAUUGUCUAAAAAUUCUUCUGAGACUUAAUAUCUUAGAAGCCAAGGCUCAAUAUUUAAUGUCCCAAGAUAUGAAUUACAUAAAUAAUUUUUAAAACAGAUGGUUGUAUCUCCAAAGAAAAUCGUUCAAAAAUUCUAAAAUCAUCCCAAAACCCCCCAACAAAUACCCAACCCCCUCCAAAACUCCAUCACCACAACCCUCUCCUAAACACCUCAUCCUCCUCUCUCCUCCAAAAAGAGCCCACUAUUAAGAACUUCGACGCUACCAACUCAACCCUCCUAAAACCCCAGUUCCAAAAGAACUCCCUACCCAACUUUUCCCUACAAAAUCCCCCCAACAACCUCUCCUCUCAUGCACCUCCCAGUACACGUACAGUCAACCUCUUCAGGAAGAAAAAGUACCAAAUAGAACCCACCAGUGGCCAUCUAGAGUACUUAUAA